AUGAAAGAUGUGGUAAAGAAAGAGGUUCAGAAGUUACUUGAAGCCGGUAUGAUAUAUCCUAUAUCUGACAGUGCAUGGGUGAGUCCGAUACAUGUAGUCCCGAAGAAGGGAGGAAAGACAGUUAUCAGGAAUGAAAAGAACGAGUUGAUUCCAACUCGUACAGUUACUGGGUGGCUCAUGUGCAUCGACUACAAGAGGUUGAAUCAAGCAACAAGGAAGGAUCACUUCCCUUUACCUUAUAUGGAUCAGAUGUUAGAGAGGCUGGCUGGUCAAGCCUUUUAUUGCUUCCUA